UUCUGUAACAUCAUUCAAAUCUUUCUCUCUCUCUCUCUCUCUCUGUUAACCAUCUGCAUGAUGAUUUGCUUCAAAGCAACCAACCAAAUUCCAGCAGUCUCAUAAUCUAUCACAAAACAAAACCAAGAACCAGCAUUCACAAUCAUUCCAUUAAAGCCCCAAACUUUACCACACUCUCUCUCUCUGAACUAUGAUGAGUGGAUGCAAGAAAACCACAUUAAUUCCACGGCAAUCCUCGUACAACUCCCUUUAUGUCAAUCCUCUCACUGACCAGAAACACAACCGCAGCUACAGCGAAGGUGUCAGCUUGAACACCAAAAACCAUAAUUUGGGGCCAAACCCAUCAAUUUUAAACCACAACAAAGAGAAUGCCAUGCCAUACAAGCAAGAACAAGCUGCCUUGGACAAUGACAAAGAGAAUUUGGUCGCACAAGAAAACGGGUCUUCUUUUUUGAUGCCAUUGAAGCAGAAGAAUUUGAAGUCUUUGUCCACAGGCUGCAGGGCCUUGAAGCCGUCCUCCCUUCAGUUUUGUAUGCAAAUGAAUGAGCCUGAGAAGGUACUCUUUGGUGGGUCCACAAUCUGGGACCCACCCAGUAAUGGGUCUGAGAAUUCGAGCUCUUUGAAGAUCUGGGACUACUCUGAUUCUGAGGCUGCCCCCGCCUCUUCUUGGUCUACUCUGCCUAAUAAGUCUUUGCUGUGCAGGCCACUGCCUAUGGAUGUAGGAAGGUGCACUUGUGUUAUAGUGAAGGAAGCAUGCCCAGAAGGAUUAGAUGGGGGUACUCUGUAUUCUCUUUAUACCAAUGAAGGCAAGGGAAGGCAAGACCGGAAACUAGCUAUUGCACACCAUAAGCGGAGGAAUGGGAAAUCUGAAUUAACUAUUGCUCAGAAUGUAAAGGGAAUAUUAUCUCAUUCAGAUGAUAGUUUUAUUGGGAGUGUAAACGCAAACCUCAUGGGUUCAAAAUACCAUAUAUGGGAUCAGGGUAGUUGUCCCAAUUCCUUGAGCAGACAGUCUAAGUCGCUUCUUGCUGUUGUAUCGUUUACGCCAACAAUUUCGAGCUGGACAGGAAGUUACAGACGUUUGAGGGCAUAUAUAGCCAAGCAUCAAUCCAUGCAGUUAAAGAAUACUACGCAGGUACAACACAUUAAGGGACUCCCAAAGGAAUGGGAGGAGAAACUGGACAAAGUCCAUCAGCUAUGCUCAAGGGUUCCCAAUUACAAUAAAAUUUCAAAGCAAUAUGAGUUAGACUUCAGAGAUAGGGGAAGAGCUGGGCUUAGAAUCCAAAGUUCAGUUAAGAAUUUCCAGCUGACUCUAGAGGAGAACGGAAAGCAGACAAUUCUGCAGCUUGGAAGGGUUGGGAAAUCAAAGUAUGUGAUGGAUUACAGAUAUCCUUUGACAGGCUACCAAGCGUUUUGCAUAUGUUUGGCUUCUAUUGAUUCAAAGCUUUGUUGCACAGUAUAGAGAAAUUUUCUGUGCGGCUGCGUUUUGUAGAUCAACCUCUGAACAGAAGCUUUCGACCUUCUCUUCUUAUUGGCUUUUGCACCCCAUCUCACUAAACGCCCAUGCAGGGUAAAAGUGAAGGCCAAACAAAGAAAGAUGCGAAAAAAUGGUUUGAUUGAGAAAAGAAAAAUAUAUGGUGGUUUGGUUCAUUAAAGCUUCCAAAAGGCAAAUUAAGAUUUGCAGAUUUGGUACCUGCAUUUUCUACAUCAGAUGUAUGUUUUGUUUUUUGGCUGUUUAAUGUCUAAAACCAUUGUGUUUUUCAUUCACAUAAUGAAUUUUUCAUUGGAGGUAGAGCUU